GUUGUACUUCUAGACCCCUCAUCUUUCCUUUCCUUUUGUCUUCUCAAAGGCAACUACGUCAAUUUGGAAGCCGAAACUGAGAGAGACCAAGAGUUUCGACUUGAGGACCACCACCUCUACUCUCCUACUUCAUGGCGUCUCUCUUUCAGAAAUUUCAACAGUUCGUUGCAACACUGGCAAAAAGUCCAACAUUUGCAAAAGAUCCAAGACGCCUUCAAUUUGAAGCAGACAUAAAUCGCCUCUUCCUCUGUACCAGCUACAAUCGUGUGGGGAAAGAUGCUGAAGAUGCAGAUAUAGAGGAGAUAAUCAACAUGGCAAGUAAAGCUGAACUAGCAGAUCAAGAAAGACAAGUCCAAGAAAACAUCCAUUCUCAAAUCACAAACUUCUGUACAUCAAUGGACAAAAUCCUCCUUCCUGACUUCAACCCUCAUGAUCCAUCACUUAAAUCAUCAUCCCAACAAAACCCCACUACCCCUCGCCCUAGUGGCCUCAGUCUUGCAAUUGGAAGAAAUACUCCAACAAACAUCAAUCUUCUUGAUGUACCCGAAACAAAACAGUUAACAUUCACAGAAGUAUCCCAAAAGUUAAAAGAUGUUACAGGAUACACACUUGACCUAAAACCAUCUCAAAUCCCUCAUGAAGAAGCUGGAAGAGGUUUAUUCAUAAAUGGUGAAGCAGAUGUUGGCUCUGUAAUAGCACUCUACCCAGGUGUUAUCUACUCUCCGGCUUUUUACCGUUAUAUCCCUGGAUACCCAAGAAUCAAUGCACAAAACCCUUAUCUCAUCACUAGAUACGAUGGGACAAUCAUCAAUGGUCAACCAUGGGGUCAAGGUGGUGAAACCCGAGAACCAUGGGGUCAAUCUAGGGUUUAUCAGUCAAACCCUAGUUCAGAAUCAGGGUCAGAUCGGAUGUGGAAGAUGUUGAGUAAACCUUUAGAAGGGUCAAAGUUAGGGUUUAAUGGUGAUGAGGUGUUGGAGAGAAGGAAUCCAUUAGCUUUAGGUCAUUUUGCAAACCAUCCUCCAAAGGGUGUGGAGCCUAAUGUGAUGGUUUGUCCUUAUGAUUUUCCUUUGAGUGAAAAGGGUAUGAGAGUUUAUAUACCGAAUGUAGUGUUUGGGGGUGAAGAGGGAAAGGUAGUGAAGAUGAAAAGGUUUGGGAGUUUUUGGUUUAAGUCCGGGGGGGUUUCUGACAAUAAUGGUGAAGUGGAAGGGCCGAUUAUGAAAAGUCUUGCACUUGUUGCCAUGCGGCCACUUUGUAAUGAAGAGGUUUAUUUGAAUUAUAGAUUGAGUAAUUCCAAGAGGCGGCCUUCGUGGUAUGCCCCUGUGGAUGAAGAAGAGGACCGAAGAAGAUGGAGCUAAGCUUACCUUACCUUAGUUGACUCCCUAUUUACAAUUCUUUUUAAUAAUUUUGAGACUUUUAUUUAGAAUCCAAAAGCAAAUACUUGCACUCUGUUCUUAUCAACGGUUAUCAGCAGUAAGGAGGUGAGAAUCCAUAAGUAAGGUGUCAGGUUUAGAAAUACGUGAAGGAAAGUGUUUUUUAUUUUGAAAUACAAACAUUCGUUUCCUUUUUUUUUUUCUUUUUAAAUUAUCAAAAUAUUUACUGAAGUGGUUGAAACUUGUUUUACAAUGUUGAAAAUGUUGUGGUAGGUAUAAUGAAACAAAAAAAAAAGUUUUUUUGUUGUGUUUAAUCCUAAUAAAUGUUACUGAGAUAGUUGGAAAUCUCUUGUUUAAAUCUCAUAUUGUUAUUUUGUGUUGAAUAUCAAUUUAUUCACAUUGUUUCACAAUAUAAUCUGAAAAUG